AAUCGGGCCAAAUGCCGUACAUAAUCAUACGGGGGAACCUAGCCUCCUACAGCCACAAAUAUCCAUGGAGGGUGCUCGUCUCUGGGUUGAAAGCUGACGACAUCGAGCAGUUGAACAAGUUCUCCUGCGGCGGCUACAGCGACGAGUCCACCAUCGUCUACCUAGUACAUCCUUGUCGGAUUCUAUCGGCGCUAGAAAUCCUGGGAUUUCGCGUGGUGGCCAGCUCAUCGACUGCAGUGAAGCAGGACUACAACGAGUAUAUGUGGACGAUGCGCAAGGAGUUCGACGAACCAGAACCCUUGGAAGCCGAGUCCGUAGUGCGAGAGAAUCUAUCGAAUAUUGGCCGGGAGGCAGCCAGUUUAGGCAACUAUCACAAGGUGGAUUCACCUGAAUAGGGGGAUACAAUCCAAAACAAAAAAACAGCAAUCAACCAAGAACUCAACUCUAGUUGUAUAAUUUAGUGUGUGUGAAUUGUGUGCGUGUUUCGGUGUGAAAAAACUAUAGUAACCUAGGGAAUUCUGUUCCAAAACAUACUCU